AUGUUGGCACACGCUCUAGGAUUGCCAGAAGAUCGUAUGGAACAGCGGUUGAAUAAACUCGGAUUUGGAGACAUAGUUUUAAUCGAAGAUUUGUUGCAUUUUCUCAAGCAGGGUGCGUUUACCAGCGAUAUUAAUCGUAUGUUCAAUAGUCAAAGUGGCGUAUACAAUAGUCUUGUGCUCGCGAAAACUCUUCAACUAGUCGAUUCACAUUUAUUCAGCUUUCAUGAAAUACAUAAAGCACGGCUAGCAUUCGACGUCUAUGAGAUGAAUGCUUUACGAAGUGAUAAGAAUACAUUCGAAUUGAUUCUACACACAAUCAAAGCGUGUGAUUAUCGUAUAAGUCCAAUCAAACUUCGACAUCGGUUAUACCAUUAUCAUCUGAAUAAAACACGAAUAUUACAUCUAUGUGAAUAUUUUGAUUUAUUAUUAAUGUCAGAUCGGGUGGAUAAAAAGGCAGAAUUAGCUGCGAAGAAACUUAUUGACAUUGCUAAUCCUAAAUCUGUCGAUCAGCAAUUGAUUGAUGAAAUGAAUGCAAAAUACUUGGACGAAGAACAAAAUCGUUUUUUUCUGGAAGUUUCUGCGAAAGGAAAAAUGAUCGAAAAUUCUGUUUGGCCCGCAAAAAUUUCUUGGCAACAUCAAGUCCACGACGCUGCUCUGCAGAAAGCUAAACUUCGACGGCAUUUAUCAGCAAGUGUUUUAGCACUGAAACAGUCUCAUGCCGGAGGUGCCUGCAAAUCUCCAGGACAUUCGUCAACUUCUAAAGCUCGCCAGUCUCGGCCGAAAACAACUGGAUCAACAGUAGGCUUAGAGGCUCCACCUGCAGUCCUAACUAUUGAUCAAUCUGAAACGCCAACGAAGAUAACAGAGAUUGAAUUAAAAGGACUUGAAGUUGCAAAUCGCAUACAAGAGCUGCGAGCACGAUCCUCUUUUCUCCAAUACAAAUAUGCUUUACAACAAGAGGAUUAUAUGGUUGAACUAUUCCCAAACGGCUACUCGAAAUCGCCUGCAUUUUCGAUCGAGAAGUGCACGGAACGUCGUAUUAAAACAGCUAAACCAUCAAUUUAUUGGACAAACCAAUCAGUAACAAAAUGA